AUGACUGCAGACCCUUCGCAGCGCACCAGUGGGGGUUCUCUUUUACUAUGCCAUCAUCAAGGGAAGAAGACCCUCGUUGCUUGUGACCAGUGCCAUCGCCAUAAGCUCAAAUGUUCGCCUCGAUCCCAAGGAUGCGCCCGCUGUCAUCGAUUAGGGAUACAGUGCACUUCCAGUCGCCCGAUUAAGAAACGCGGAAGGCGACCAACUAGACGAACGCCCCCGUUCAUACCUCCUCAAAGAUCGGAACAUCCAUUGUCGGAUGCACCUGAUUAUCCUGUAUUGGACUGUCUUUGCGAUCUGCAUAUUUUGACAUCGGAACAAGCCACGCCCAGCGCUUCCCCGCUUCAACUUUCACGUUUCGAGGCCUGUCGUCUGUUGGAGCACUUCUAUGCUUCACCCAACCAAGAAUUUCAUGUCUUACUCAUCCGAAAAGGUAGCCUCCUAGAUCAGUGUGCCCCAAGGCCCAUACUGCCAACCCUGCUACUUUCAAUCCUAUGUGUCGCUUGUUUCAUGCCGCCGGCGGAGCAGUCACUUUAUGUAUCCGAACGAACAGUUAAUGAGCGGAUGGCUCAAGGACGCUAUCUUCUUGACAAGCUAAUACAGCAUUUUCACCCCAGGACAUUACCCGAUACUAACCAUGUGUUCGAUGAUGCCUUAACGGCAUUUAUCAUGACAAGUAUCGCCCCGAGCGAAAGAUCGGUCGAGUCGAGUUUGCAAUACUGGCUUAUAUUUCUCAGAUUUGUUGUUCAAAAGUUGGAGCUACACAAAGAUGUACCCGAUCUUAGUCAGGAUGACAAAGAGGAACGGAGGAGGUUAUGGUGGGCAACCUAUAUCAUAGAUCGACAUGCGGCUUUGUCAUUCAACGGACGACCGCGAAUAACCGACAAUGAAUGUCUGUUUCUCCCGACUCCACGCCCUGAUGCAUUAUGGAAUCAGCCUGGGCCAUUACUUCCCCAUGGUGAACAGCCAGGCGCGCAUGAAACAGUACUCAGCUAUAAUGUUGGGAAUCUGGAUAUGCUAGGGCUUUUUCUGCCUCUUUCAAGGAUUCUGGGCGAAAUCUUGGAAUAUCGCUUCCUUAGCGACCACUCAACAUUUAACACAUGCCAUGAUCUUUUGAACACGGUGCAAACGAAUAUUUUGCAGCACCUCAGGAUGUGGUAUCAAUCUUUUGAGGCUCUUGUAGGCUCGGAGUUCAAGUCGAUUGCUGAGCCAGAUUGCCAUUCAUGUCCGGUAGCAGAAGUCCCACCAGUGGCCUACUAUGGAUUUCACAUGUACCACUGCAUGUUUGUAUUACUACAUGGUCCAAUGGACGUGGUGCGGAUGUAUCAAGACCUUACAUGGCAGUCUUCUGCCGACUUUCUGACAGCGGGCGAGCAUGCUGUAGCUUGUGCAAAUGUUGCCCGACACAUAUUGCGGAUCGAUCCACAGCUGUCUCUGAUGUAUAGAUUCUUCGGAACCUACUUUUUACAGUCUUCAUUCAUCUUUCUCAUUCUGGCACAAAAGCUGGGGAAGCAAUCAGACGACCUAAUCUUACGCAAUUGUUCUAUAAAUCUACAGGUUUUGGACAUGUUUGUAGCUGCGACAAACAUGGACUACCAACGCACGUUUGCCAAGCUCUUGCGCCGGACACUGUCAUUCAAUAUGGCUGAAUCUUCUGGGGAUUCUGCCCCCAGCCAUAGUCACUUGACGCCGGAACUUACUGGUGUCCCGCAAUCAUCUUUGGAUCCAGAAAUGCUUCGUUACCGCUGGGCCCCAGGCUAUACUGGAUUAUGGGUUGGCCCAAUGAGCUGA